AUGGUAAAAUUAAUAAAUAAGAUCAUCGAUGUUGAAAAGGCGCGCCUAGAUGUUACUCAACAAGCUUUGAGGUGGAUUGAACACAACCCACCUCCUCCAUAUUACUGGAAGGAUUUUGAAGCUGAGAAUACCUUGGUGGAUCUUAUUUCAGAACUGGCUCUGGGUACCUACGAGAACGAUACCAGACAUGAGGAAGUUCAAAAGGGCAUGCUUUACUUACAGGGUAAAAUUAUGGCUAAAUUGUGUGAGCGCUUUAAGGGAAAAAAAGCAAAUGAGCUAGAUCCAGCCAAGUACGAACGAGCUCUGAAUAUCUGUCGCUUUGCACGACUAGCCGACAGAACUAUUAUCGGGGAGCAUGCAAACGAUAAAGUCUCCAUGGCUCUCUCUGAGGCAAAUACUGUAUACACGGAUCAAUCUCAACAGACUGGAGCAGAUUUGAGUUGUCAACUACCUUUGAAUAAUGGCACCACUUCAGUUCCAAUGACGAUGACAGUAUCUACAAACGAAGGAACAAACGAAUCUGCCUACGGUGAACAAGUAGCUGCAGAUGUCAAAAAUGAGCCAGUCUCCGAAUCCGAUGCACCCGCUCCUGACACUCUCGACGAGUCAGCCUCCGAUCCCGACACAUGCACUCGUGGAUUUAUACUCAGAAACUCCUUGGUUGAAAGACGGUUACCUGGCAUGAGUAUGGAAACAGUUGUUAAUUGGAUGGCAAAAUCUUUCAACAAGUAUUGUGAUUAUCACAAUGAUCGUGUUAGGAUGCACAUCAUUUCGACUAUCCUUUCGAAAGAUGGUGAUUCUUUCGUGUCAAAAGUAGAGGAAUUGGGCUCAAAUGUCUCUGUCAAGAACGUCGAAGUGAUGGAGCUCAUCUUGCAAUCGUACAGCUCGGAGACAGUUAAGCGACUUUGGGAUUCAAAGCGUCGUCAAACUUCCAAAGGUCCUGGGUCAUACGAUCUCGAGCAAUUCUUGAACAUAGUUUUAAGUCUUUCCGUUCAUGUCGGAGAUAAGACUCAGGAAUUUAUUGAUAGAUUGCUGAAGCUUCAGAAGAUCGAGCUCUUACCCCUGAUAGAUGCUGUAAUAGCUGAAACUGACGGCAAGCCUGUACCACUUUUGGAAUCCUUCUUACGCUGGAACAAAAACAACAUCGCACAGAGACUCUUAGAUUUUGACGCUUGUGGUGAGAUGAGCGCGCUUAGCCUGGUCGAAGCAGCCUUGGAUCUCGGACAUUGGAACAUUCUAGGAGGUAUUCGAUCCCUCCUCAUUGAAGCUGAGUUUAAUGGCAAGCCUGACCACUUCUUCCGCCAACUUCGCAAAUGGCAGAGGAACAGGUCGUUCCAAUAUUUACACAGAUUAGAUCAAGUCACAUCAGAUAAAUCUCCCGAGUUCCUGGAUCUGGCUCUAAAGAUGUGUGAAACUGGUCUUAUGAGACACAUCUCUGAAAACAGAGAGUUGAUCGGAGAUCGGCCAUGCGGCUUCUUCGAUGACAUGUUCGGAGUAGCAAGAAUGAUCGUAAAUGUAGAAGCAAUCGUCGUGGCUCGAGGUGAAAAUGGAAGCUUCACACGGGAUUUAACACCAAACCUCCGACCAAGACUUCUCAGUACAUCACUUUCUUAUAAACUACAAGGCUUGCCGGCAUGGAUGGAUUCUAUUUGUGGAACAAGAGACGGCACAGAUCCAAGUCAAUUGGAGUUUGAAGAGGUUGGAUGUAGUGAAGUUAGCAAGUUUGUUAAUUUUUCUCUAAAGUUGUACGGCUGGGGUGUCCACCGCUGGGCUUUGAACAAUGAAGCGUUCAUUGGAACAGAUCUUGCUUUAUUUUUUAAUCAGUUGUUUCACGUGGCUGCUGUUCUUGAGAACGGGUCUACAAGUCCUGUUGUCCUUGAGGCAAUUGAAGCAACCAAGAAAAUCAUGUCAGGCACACCUGCAGCUAUAGGAACUAAGGAAAUUGACACAAGUGCAUCAUCCAACAAGUCGUCAGCUAUGGUCUCUUCAUCAUCUGAUAUGGUCUCUCAAUCACUUCAACCUUCACCAAAUCCAGCCUCCACUGUUGAUUGGCAGCGCAGUCUUUCAGGAUCCAAGUUAGCAGCUCCACCAAAGACAGCCUCCACUUACAAAUGGGAAUCCAAUUACGCAGACCCCAAGUCAUCAGCAUCUUCCAGUGAGCCCUCUGGUUCUUCUGAUAGGAAAGGAAAGAAGACCGACACAGCUCCAUCCGACACAGCCGAAAGCACCGGAAUAACCAUCCUAGCCCGUGGAAAGUGUGCCAGAUGCUCUCGCCUUGGAGCCAAGAUAUUUCCUCGUGGUAAAAUACUUUGCGAAGAAUGCAGACCCUAA